AGAAGCAGCAGCAGCAGCAGCGAGAGUGAUGACCGAAGCGUUGACGCGAGACUACCGAGUCUGCGAGGAGAUCGGGCACGGCCGCUUCGGCGUCGUCCGCCGCUGCGAGCCCCUCCUCCGCCCCACCUCCGCCGCCCCCUCCUUCGCCGUCAAGUCCAUCGACAAGGCCGCCGCCUCCGGCGACGACCUCGAUUCCCACUGCCUCCUCAUGGAGCCCAAGGUGCUGUCCCUCCUCCCCCCGCACCCGAACGUCCUCCGCAUGCACAAUGCCUACGAGGACUCCUCCCACCUCCACCUCGUCCUCGACCUCUGCGACUCCCCCGACCUCCACCGCGCCGUGUCCUCCGCCGGCCCCCUCCCGGAGCCCGACGCCGCCCGGGUCCUCGCCCAGCUGAUGCGCGCCGUCGCCCACUGCCACCGCCACGGCGUGGUCCACCGGGACAUCAAGCCCGACAACAUACUCUUCGACUCCCGGGGCCGGCUGAGGCUCGCGGACUUCGGCUCCGCGGAGGUGAUCGGCGGGGGGGAGCCGGCAGGGGCGGCGGCGGCGCUGAGGGGGCUGGUGGGGACGCCGUGCUACGUGGCGCCGGAGGUGGUGUCGGGGAGGGAGUACGGGGAGAAGGUGGACGUGUGGAGCGCCGGGGUGGUGCUGUACGUGAUGCUGGCGGGGUUCCCGCCGUUCCACGGGGAGAGCGCGGCGGAGAUAUUCGGGGCGGUGCUGAGGGCGAACCUGAGGUUCCCGCCGCGGGCCUUCCGGUCGGUGUCGCCGGCGGCGAAGGAUCUGCUCAGGAAGAUGCUGUGCAGGGACGCUUCCCGAAGGCUCUCCGCCGAUCAAGUCCUCAAGACCCACCUUCAAUUAGUGAUCUUUUAAAGCAUCUAAACGGGGCAUCCAUGGGUGAUCAGCUUCGGAGGAGCAGAAGCGACAGAUCUCAUCAUCUAAACUCAAGACAAGACCUUCUACUCUGUGUAUAGUCAUUCACUGUGCAAAGGCGCCAUAAGGGUGUGCAAAUUGCAAAGUCGAGAUUUGAGUUUCAUGGGAAGGAAGCUUCUUGCGAUUUU